CGCAACUAAGUAUCUGAGGAGUAUUUAUUGCGCACAUGUCACCUUGAUAAGGUGGACGUAAACUUUGUUUUAACAAUUCUUCUAAGUUUGUUCGCUAUUGGACCUUAGUCUAAAGCUAAACUAAUGGUGUACUCCAAUGCAAGCAAAUAUAGUGAACCAACAUUCGACUGGUGAAAAAUUUCAAGUGCACUUUCGGUCCAUUUUAUCUUCAGAGACUUACUUUUCUAUCUGGUUUGUUUUCAAAAUUUCGGAAGAAAGUUGUGCCUAAGCAACUCUUAUCCAUAUCAUUGAUACAUGCCGAUAUCAUGUUCUUAUCUGUAUAUCGGUAGUGAUUUCCGAUAUAACGUCGCUAUCAAGUCCUUAUCUGGGUGAGCUACAUAUUAAAGGCAAUUAACGGAUUUUGUAUCUACUGUGAAUUAAUUCCGGACUUUACAAUGUACAUGCAAUUUCUAUUGAUAAUUCUUAGUAUGCAAACAAGUUUUGUAGUAUACGGGAACAUUUCAACUGAUACGGAAGUACCACUACCGAACCCAUUAGAGGAAGCGGAAUUAGUUCAAGAAAACGUUCUUAGACAGAUCUCCGUGAUGUUUUUGAUGCCACGAGCGAACAAUUUAGACUGUGAUUCUAAUUCGUCCAGUGACUUUCCUAAUUUCUUUACGGACGAACAACGAAAAGACGGUGCCAUUGUUAUCCCGUUUCUGGUUGGCAUUUAUUGUUUUACCUUAUUAGCGUUGAUUUGUGAUAAUUACUUUUUGCCAUGCGUUGGGAAAAUUUGUGAAUUUCUCAACUUAUCUCAGGAUGUUGCCGCCGCCACUUUUAUGGCAAUGGCUACUUCGGCGCCCGAACUUUUCGUCAACGUUAUUGGAACCUUCGUAACCGAAUCUGAUUUGGGAAUUGGUACAAUUGUGGGAUCGUCGAUGUUUAAUACACUGGGGGUAGCUGCCCUGGGUGGACUAGCGGCUAAAGCGCCAAUUCAACUUGACUGGUGGCCAGUCUCGAGGGACUGCUUCCUGUAUUUGGUGUCGAUAGUCUUACUGGUUGUCAUGUCAUGGGAUGGAAAAGUAUUCUGGUACGAAGGCAUGAUUUUGUUUAUAGUUUAUUUUAUAUACUUUACAAUCAUGUUUAACAAUAGUAAAGUUUCCAAAUUUUGCAAGCGCAUCAUAAAGAAAUUACAAAUGAAGCUCAAUUCAUCUGCAGAUGCCUUUAAUGACAAAUUCCGAUUUGUGCGUGAUAAUUCGACGAGUAUUAAUCAAACACCUGCGUUGUAUUUAGUAGAAGAACACGCAAAACGCUUUACGCAAUUUAGCAUAAUAAGUGAUAUAAACAGCAAGGAUGCAUCGCUUUACAGCGUAGAAAAAACGAGUGAUGAAAAGAAAACAGAAAACGAAGCUAUCAACGUUUACAUCGAAAUCGACCCAACAAAAGUUAUCUCAAGCGAUGAAGGUAGCGAAAAUAUUAGCACUGCGAAAAAAUUAUUCAAAAAGUUCAUGUAUAUCUACACAUGCCCUUUAAAGCUGUUCCUGUUUUGCUUCGUUCCUGAUCCGAUGAAGAAGCCAAAACUCUUCCCGCUUACCUUCAUCCUUUGUGUACUUAUAAUAGGUGCAAAUUCUUAUGUAAUCUCAUGGAUGAUAACCAUAAUCGGUAACACUUUCGGCAUUUCUGACACGGUGCUCGGCUUAACUUUUUUGGCAGCAGGAGGUUGCCUGCCCGAAGCCGUUUCCAUAACCAUAAUGUCCAGAAAAGGUGAGGGCUCAAUGGGUAUAUCCAACGCGUUGGGAGCGAAUUCAAUGAACAUCCUUUUAUCGUUGGGCUUGCCUUGGUUUAUUAAGACGUUAAUCAUGGAAACCAGAAGUGAUAAAUUUGUGGAGAUAACAUCGGGAGCUAUCGAAUAUACUAUUUUAAGUCUUGUGUUGGUGGUAAUCGCUUUAUUUAUUACAUUAUAUUGUAACGGCUUUAAGCUACAGAAGAGGACUGGUAUUAUUUUAAUUGUUAUUUAUCUAAUAUUUUUGAGUUGUACGUUAGCAACAGAACUAAUAAUGAAAAGUUCAGAAACCUGUGAAUGAUAGUGAUAACGCUUAACCACUUUUAAAUUGUGAUAUCAUACAAUUUUUAUAGUAUUAGGUACUGUUGACCUUACUACUAUAGAUUAUGUUAAUCUACGAACUGUGUGAAUAGCUUGAAGUUUUUUUGUAAAGGAAUUUACACCAAAUAUUAGACUUAGGAAUGAAGAUGUAAGACGUUGAAAGAUUUGUGACUCAUUUUUUAAGUUUUUGUAAUAAAACGGAAAUUUCACG